AUGUCCGACACCACCUCCUCGUACUACUACACCUCCGCGACGAGCACAACAACCGGCACCGAAACGACUGGCCACCGCUUCACAACGACGUCGCACACCGACCCAUCCGGCAACACAAUUGUACGCACCGCGCACCAGGAUCUCGGUGAGCCAGCAGUUAUCGAAGAGCGACGCUAUGACCGUACAGGCCAGGAACUAGUUUCCACCAGACCCGGCACCGGCAGUGGUAUUUCGGGUGAAGGUGCCUCGUCAGUGGAUACAAGUACGAAUCAGAAUUUGUCUUUGCUGGAUACUUCUCUCUCGAGCUUUAGGUCUCAGGAUACCAAUGUGUCUGCUACCAACACGCCAGCGGACGAUAUUAGUGGGAGUUAUCAGUCGCAUCAUCGUUCGGACUUUGAUGAAGGGGCUAUUGAUCCGGUGACAGGGAAGGUGUAUCAUGCAGAGGAUUAG